GCGUUUCCAUUCCAAAGGACAGAAGCGGAGGACCAUGGCGAAACACGGCUUCCUCACGCCCAAGGCCAUCGACAACCGGCAAAAGUCCAAGGGCCUCCAGAAGCUGCGAUGGUACUGCCAAGUGUGCUCCAAGCAGUGCCGAGACGAGAACGGCUUCAAGCAGCACAUGACGAGCGAUGCGCAUCAGCGGCAGAUGCUCAUCGUCGCGAGCAACCCGAACAAGUUCAUCCAGGGCUACAGUGAGCUCUUCGAGGCCGCUUUCAUGGCGAACCUCCGCCAGCGCCACACGACCAAGCGCGUCCGCGCCCACGUUGUGUACAACGAGUACAUUCGCGACAAGAACCACAUCCACAUGAACGCGACGCGCUGGACCACCCUGAGUGGCUUCGUGCAGUACCUCGGCAAGACGGGCAAGUGCAUCGUCGACGAGACGGAGAAGGGCUGGUACAUCCAGUACAUUGACCGCGACCCCGCCGCCAUGGCACGCCAAGAGGAGCUCCAGCGCAAGCACAAGGCCGAGAUGGACCACGAAGAGCGCAAUCGGCGCUUCAUCCAAGCCCAGGUCGAAGAAGCGCGGGCCAAGCUCGGCUCUGUCGACAAGGACGAGACUGUCGAAGCCAAGGCGUGGAACCCGAACGAGAAGGUCUCGCUCUCGCUCGCACCAUCGACCAAGAAGACGACAACGGCCGCGCCUGGCAGCAUCAAGCGGUCAGCAGCCGUCGCAUUUGGCGUCGACGACGAAAGCGCUACAAAGCGACCAGCGACGACGCAUGACAUGCAAGGUGGGAGCCAGAAGCGGUCGGCCAUGGACGCGAUCAUGGCCGAAGAAGCCCGUCAACGCCAACGCCGGGAUGCAGAAGAAGCGCGCAACAGCCGCAAGGACCACUGGGUCGCCAAGGACAUUGUCGUCAAGAUCGUCGACAAGAAGGUUGGCGAUGGCGCGUACUACAAGAAGAAGGGUACUGUGCCCAAGGUCAUUGAGCUCUUUGGCGCUGACAUCAAGGUCCACGACUCGGGCGACAUUGUCCGCGUCGACCAGGACGACUUGGAGACCGUGAUCCCGCUCGUAGGCAAGCCCGUCAAGAUCGUCAAUGGGCUCGGGCGCGGCCACCUCGGCACGCUCGUGUCCAUCAACGAAGAAGCGUUUGCUGUCUCGGUGCUCCUCACAACGGGCCCUCACAAGGGCCGGACGCUGGACAAGGUCGAGUACGAAGACGUGUGCAAGAUGGACGAGGCGCGGGUCGACCUCGAUAGUUUGUAGUGGACCACGUAACAAUAAAGACCGUGGAAAGGACG